AUGUUGUUUCUGUUUGCCCACACUCUUCUGGCUACUUCCGUGUAUGCUGUCAACAAUGGUCUCGCCAGAACGCCUCAGAUGGGGUGGAACAACUGGAAUUCUUUGGGUUGUGACGUCUCCCAAUCGUUGUUGCUCGAGACUUCCAAGAUGCUGCUGGAUAGUGGCCUGAAGGAUGUGGGCUAUCAAUAUGUCGUCCUUGAUGAUUGCUGGUCGGAUGGUCGCGACGCAGGGGGCUAUCUUCGACACGAUGCCAACAAAUUCCCCAAGGGCAUGAAAUGGGUUGCCGGUGAACUCCACGAUAUGGGUCUUCUGUUUGGCAUGUAUUCGAGUGCUGGAGAGAUGACCUGCGCCAGAUACGAGGGCUCGCUUGACAAGGAGGAGAAAGAUGCGGAGAUCUGGGCUUCGUGGGAUGUCGAUUACCUGAAAUACGACAACUGUUUUCAUCGCGGCCGAUUUGGCUACCCUGAAAUCUCCUUCAACCGUUACAACAAGAUGGCCAAAGCUCUCAAUGCCACCGGUCGACCAAUUUUGUAUUCACUGUGUUCCUGGGGCGAAGACUACGUGCACACCUGGGGCAUGUCCAUUGCCAACUCCUGGCGUGUUUCUGGCGACAUCUACGACCACUUCAAUCGUCCAGAUGCUCUAUGUGCGUGCGACGAUCCUCGAGAUCCGCACUGUGUCGCACCAGGCACCCAUUGCUCGGUCAUGAAUAUCAUCAACAAAGUUGCGCCCUAUGUCGAUCGUGGCCAGUUUGGCGGCUGGAACGAUUUGGAUAUGUUGGAGGUGGGACAGGGCGGGAUGACGGAUGAAGAAUAUAAAGUACACUUUUCGAUGUGGGCUGCUCUGAAAUCCCCGCUGCUGAUCGGCGCCGACAUUCGCAAAUUGUCGCCCAAAACCUUGACCAUUCUGAACAACCCGGCGGUCAUUGCGGUCAGUCAAGAUCCGCUCGGUAGAUCAGUCGCUCAAAUCUUCCGCGAUCAACAGGUCAAGAAGGACAAGUACGGACAAGGCGAGAUUCAGAUAUGGAGUGGCCCUCUUUGGCUGCACGACCAGGUCGUCAUCUUCCUCAAUGCCGCGGACGAGGAUCUCGAAAUGACUACGUCUCUCAAUGACAUCUUCCUGCACGAAGGGCCCGAGGGUUCAGCGCCGCAGACCAUGGAGGAAUUCGACGUUUACGACCUGUGGGCUGACCGCAUGGAAGACUCUACAGCCGAGCAAAUCCUCAAUGGGAAGGCUCAAUACAAAAGCUCUUGGUAUAACUCAACCAGAACAUCGUACCAGGAGGGUCUGGCUAAGGCUGAUCCGCGACUCUUGGGCAAGCGAGUGGGUAGCAUUGGACCAAAGCAUGACGUCCUGCGAGCUCAUGUACCACGACACGGUAUCCGCAUGUUCAGGCUGCGGAACUUGACCGGUGGCUCUCCAAGAUAUGCAAUGACCAAGAGCGAGCUCUGA